GUGACGUCACUCCCGCCGCGCCACCCUCCUCCAUGGCUCCCGGUGCGGCCUGUCGCGUCUCGGUGCUCCGGGAGCCGGGCCCGGGCCUGGCCCGGUUCGUGGCCGCGCAGGCGGCGGCCGCCGGAGGCCGCUUCACGUUGGGGGUGUCCGGGGGGAGCCUCGUGGAGCUGCUCGCCCUUCACCUGCCUUCCGCCGUCCGGGCCUGCCCCUCCGGACCGGGCCCGUGGCUCCUGGCGCUGUGCGACGAGCGCUUGGUGCCCCCGGAGCACCCGGACAGCACCGCCGGGGCCUACCAGGCCCGGCUCCUUCCGCGCAUGCCCAGCCCCGGCCCGACGCUCCUGGCUCCCAGCCCCCGCCUGGCCCCCGCCGCUGCCGCCGCUGACUACGCCGCGAGGCUCCGUCAGGCGUUCCCGGGUGAGCCCGUGCCCGUGUUUGAUUUGCUGCUGUUGGGGGUCGGGCCCGAUGGACACACGUGCUCCCUGUUCCCCGGCCACCCACUCCUGCAGGAGCAGGAGGCCGUGGUCGCCGCCAUCACCGACUCCCCGAAGCCCCCACCGGAGCGGAUCACGUUCACACUGCCGGUGCUGAACGCGGCCAAGGCCGUGGUGUUCGUGGCCACGGGCGAAGGCAAAGCCGCUGUGGUCAAGCGCAUCUUGGAAGGGGAUGAGGAGAACCCCCUGCCCGCUGCUCGCGUCCGGCCUCGCUCCGGGCAGCUCUGCUGGAUCCUGGAUGAGGCAGCAGCCAAGGAGCUGACGAUCCCGGUGGAGAAUUCCAUCCCAUAGAGCCCAUGGAGGGGGGUUGGGGCAGCUCCGGGACAUUCCAGGUUCUCACCGCUGCUCUUCCAGACGUGGCCGAGAUCCCGGGAUUGGAAGCGUUCAACAGCGAUUCCCAUGUUUGCACAUCCCAACAUCAGCCCAGAUGUGUCCUUUGCCUGUUCCUGCAUCCCAAAGCUCGGCUAUUCCUGGCUGGUUCUUCCCCCCCCCCCCGCACUGUUGGGAGCAGCCACAGCUCCCACUGGAGCUCAUAUUCCAGGCCUGAUGUCAUGGGAGGGAACAAGGGAGCUUUGAGGGGCAGGAUGCAGCCGCCCUAUGGAAACACGGAGCUGAAUCCAGGCUCCCGGUGCUUGGAAGUUGACAUUUGAGGGGUUUUUUUCCUUGGAAGGAGGAUUUUGGAGGUGAAAGACUUGGAAUUUGGAGGGGAAAUGCUUGAAAAUAACGUUGGGGAGG